AUGAAGAAUCAUCAAAGUAUGCAUUUUGUUCUAUCAACUGAUGCAAAACCAAGACUCAAAUGGAGUCAUGAACUUCACCAAAGAUUCAUUGAUGCAAUUAAUCAACUUGGGGGUGCAGAAAAAGCAACACCAAAGAGUAUUAUGAGAGUGAUGCAAAUUCCAGGACUUACUUUGUACCAUCUCAAGAGUCAUUUACAGAAAUAUAGACUUGGGAAAAGCCAACAUCAUCUAGAAACAUGUUCUGACAACAUACAAGAUUAUGAAGAAAUUAAGAGGAGUGAUGAAAAUUGUGGCAGGGAAAUUAGUUUUGUGGACCAGAAUAAAAUCAAUGAAAACAUUGAGAUAGCUCAGGCUCUAGAAAUGCAAAUGGAAGUAGAGAGAAAACUUUAUGAACAAAUUGAGGUGCAAAAUCGUUUGCAACUUCGAAUCGAAGCUCAAGGAAGGUAUUUACAAUCGGUACUCAAGAAGGCUCAAGAAACACUUUCCGGAUUCAAUUCUUCUUCAAUUGGUAUAAAAUUCACAAAAGAUGAACUCUCUCAAUUGGUUGCAAUGAUAAACAAUACUUGUCCAAGUUCUUCAAUUUCAGAACUAACAGAGUCAAGAGGAUUAAGUUUAGAAUGUGGUGAGAGGAAACGGAAAAAUGGAACUAUGUGUUCAUUAGAAAGUUCAUUAACAUCUUCUGAAAGCUCGGAGAGAAGAGAAGAGAAAAACUUAGAAAAUUUUGAUACUAAUUCACUUGAAUUGCCAAUAAGAAAGGAGCAUUCAAAUGUAACAUCGUGUCCGUGUCUGAUGUCUGUGAUCAAGUCUGAUGGGAACAAGCUGAAGAAAGCUGAUACUAAUUCACUUGAAUUGCCAAUAAGAAAGGAGCAUUCAAAUGUAACAUCGUGUCCGUGUCUGAUGUCUGUGAUCGAGUCUGAUGGGAACAAGCUGAAGAAAGCAAAGUUGUCUGAAAUGUUAGAUUUGAAUGGCCAAUUUCAGAAUGAGAUGGACUCAAGUCAGUCAACAGAUUCAAAAACAUUAUUAUUAGAUUUAAAUUGCAGUUUAAGCUCUUGUGAACCAUGA